GUGCGUGCUGUUGGCUGAACGCGCGCUCUCUCGCUCUGUCCGUGUUCCCCAUCUCGCGCACCUCCACUCUAGACACCUCUUUGCCCGUACUCCGAGCCACGACCAAAAGACACAAGACGAACCUAAAACUAAGAGCAGCGGGGAAGGAAUAUUAUAAGUGAAAGAUGGAAGAAUGAUGAGAGGACAGUUAGCAGACGGACAGAAGAACCGCUGUCGCAGAGGACACGAAGGAGGAGGAGGAGGAGGAGGAGGAGGAGGAGGAGAGAGAGGAAAGCAGUCACAUCUGCCGUGACUUUGGGGAUUUCUCUGGCAAAGUAGGGAGAAAAAAAGGGGAGACGCCACAUUCUUAGGAUGCCAAAAAUGCACCGUGCGUGAGAGGAAUAAUUAACAUGUGUCGGAAUUACCGUGCUGGACCAACGUGUCGAUUUUGGCAACCUUUUGUCGCGAGUCAACGGUCCACUGUAUGUAAGUUGACGGCUAAAAACGCCUUUUAAACAAAUAAAAUACUGUUGCUAGGGGUUAUCUAUUUUUUUAUUUGAAGCAUCCUUUGGAGAGUGUUUGGCCUCCCAGGGACAUUUGUUUUGGGGGUAAAGGAGGACGGUUUUUAAGAAGCGAGACCCCCACCUUCUCCUCCCCCUUACAUAAAUGUUUGCGUGCCGUUAGUGCUCUCGUUCUCGGUCGACCCCCUCUCCCUCUCCCUCUGAAUAGGUUGCUGAGUCCCACACGCAGAUAUACGCAUCUCAUAUGCACACAUAGGCACAGACACACCUGGACAUUAUCUCACGCGCACGCAAACACACAUAUGCAUACGUAAUUAUAUAGACAGACCUUACCUCCCCCCCCCCUCCCCUCACCCAACCAACCCUCUCACCCACCACUAUCUGAUGACUCCCCGGCGUAGAGGUGGACGUGGUACAGAACCGACUGUAGCAUCAUCAUCCUCAACACUACCACUGUCCUCAACACCAUCCUCCUCUUCGUCUUCCUCACUACCACCAUGUCCUCGUCGUCGCGCAAGAUCUCAUCCGAGUCGUUCAGUAGCUCGGUGGGCUCAGACUGCGGGCUCGAAAGCCCCGGGGGAGACGGAGGGGACGGCGGUUUGGAGCCGGCGGAGGAGAGCCGAGGCUGCCCCUUCUCCUCCUUCCACUCGUCCCACAGAGCGGUGCUCUGGAACGGCCGCAGCCCCGCCGAGAGGUCGGCGUGCCCGGCGGGCGAGCAGCAGCAAGGACCAGGUGGACUUCACAAGAGGGUCACCAGGAGGAGACGGGUGAACUUGGACUCGCUGGGGGAGAGCCUGAGGCGACUGACCUCACCCACGACACAGACUGUUCAGGAGGCUCUUCAGCGAACACUACAUUUCUACAGACAACAAGAGAUCAGGUGUCAGCAAGUUGGCAGUGAGGAGAAGCGAAAAGAAAGGAGGGAUGAGAAAUGCCCAUUUCUAGAAAAUUCUGGUUCCGAAGAAGAUGUCCUACAAAUCCUUCAGUACAUGGCCACCAUACUGGGUGUACCGUUCUGUGAGCUGCGAGAGCAUUUCGGAGAAGAGUUCUUUGGCCUCUGCUUUGAAGAAAAUGAACGAGUGCUUCGUGCUGUAGGCGGCAACCUCCAGGACUUCUUCAAUGGCUUUGAUGCCAUUUUAGAACACAUUCGCACCUCCACGGGGCGCCGUGCCUCAUCUGAGAGCCCCUCCUUCCAGUGCAAGGAUCCCUAUGAAGAGGAGAGAGGGAGAAGAAAAUUGGAAAUAGGUGGAGAGCUAGGAGAAGGAGAUGGAAGAGGGAAGGUGUUGCUUCUUCAUUGUUUCAACCCUGCCCCCGUUGUUGGAUUGGUCAUGCCGGGGUUUAUCAGAGCUGUUGCCAGACGGAUCUUUUAUUCAGAAGUUGAGGUGGAAGAGGUGCCACCUCUAACUCCCUUAUUGCCCAACGAAGAUACAGAACACACAGACGGUGACUCUGCAACCGCCACCCCGACUGCAUCCCCCACCGCUUCACCCUCCUCUUCCCCGUCCCCUCCCUCUCCUUUCCAAACCUCUGUUCCCACAGUUUGCUUGUCCUUCCAAAUCCAGGAGAGAUGCCCUCCUUCCCUCUCCUCCCUCCCAAAUGCUGCCUCUGUGAGCACUAAACGCCCCCUCCUCUCAUUCUCCACCAACCCCAGUGAUCUGCGCAUUAGCUUGGCCACGUUUUGCCGUGCCUUUCCAUUUCACCUUGUCCUGGGGCCUCGCAUGGAGCUACUGCAACUUGGAGAAGGAUUGAGGAAACAGGCUCGCAUUGAGCUUCACCGGUGCCUCUCCUUCAGGGACUGUUUUGAGAUUGUCUCACCCAAGAUGGAGCCUUCGUUCCAGCGCAUCCUGCUGAGGCUCGCAUCCCCAUUUACCAUCCGCACCAGGCCUGAUACCACACAGUCUGACACCAAGGAGAAGGUCAUGGAGUUGAAGGGUCAGAUGAUCCAUGUGCCCGAGUCCUGCUCCCUGAUGUUUCUGGGCUCGCCACGUGUUGAUAAAUUGGAGGAGCUGAUGGGCAGGGGUCUCCACUUGUCAGAUAUCCCCAUCCAUGAUGCCACACGGGAUGUUAUCCUGGUGGGCGAGCAGACCAAGGCCCAGGAUGGCCUGAAGAAGAGAAUGGACAAACUUAAGGCCACAUUAGAGCGGACUCACCAGGCACUGGAGGAGGAAAAGAGGAGAACCGUGGAUCUCCUUUAUUCCAUAUUUCCAGGUGAUGUGGCUCAGAAACUGUGGCAGGGUCAGCCAGUGCCCGCUCGCAAAUUUGAUGAUGUCACCAUGCUGUUCUCAGACAUCGUGGGUUUUACCGCUGUGUGUGCCCAGUGUACACCUAUGCAGGUCAUCUCCAUGCUGAACGAGCUUUACACACGCUUCGACUACCAGUGUGGCAUUCUGGAUGUUUAUAAGAUCGAGACAAUAGGCGAUGCCUACUGUGUGGCAGGAGGACUUCACAAGAAGGUUGAUAGUCAUGCGAAGCCAAUUGCACACAUGGCUCUGAAGAUGAUGGAGCUUUCAGAGGAAGUGCUGACACCUGAUGGGAAACCUAUCAAGCUAAGGAUAGGUAUCCACACCGGUUCGGUGUUGGCCGGCGUGGUCGGGGUUAAAAUGCCACGUUAUUGCCUGUUUGGGAACAAUGUGACACUGGCCAGCAAGUUUGAAUCGGGGAGCCAUCCGAGGUGCAUCAAUGUUAGUCCCACAACUUAUCAGUUGCUGAAAGAUGACCGCUCUUUUUCAUUUGUCCCUCGCUCACGGCUGGAGCUCCCAGAUAACUUUCCCAAAGAGAUCCCGGGGACAUGUUACUUCCUGGAGGCGGGAACAUCUCACAGCCAUGCCUCGUUGACCAGCUCUCGUUCCGCUCCCCCGGCCUCUAUGAGGAAAGUCUCCUACAGCAUUGGGACCAUGUUUCUAAGAGAAACAAGUCUGUAGGUCCCGUACACAGACAAGGAUACACAGAUAUUCAUUGUGUGAGAGGCUGGAUUUGAACUUGUGGAACAUGCAGGAAACGGAUCACAUGGAUCUUUAGAUAUGCAACUGCAUUCUGUGAAAACUUGGAUACAGACCCUUUGGCUGGCCUAUAUGAAUAAAACUUAAGAAAUCAUAGGUUAAAAAGAACAACAUGCCCUCAUCUCCCCUGAGCAAGGGAUAUAUGGUUCAGAAAACUUGAGAAACAGCAACUGUGAUAGUCUCACAUGGACCAUUCCCCAAGGAAGUGCACAGAUGGGUUCAAUUAGCAGAGAAACCUUAAUAUAAAAUAUAAUAAUCUAGCUGAAUUCCUCAACUCCAUAACUGGUUUCUAGUUCUCUCCUAACCGGCACCCUGACUGAGAGGAGCAGCGAGAAGGACAAGAGGUUUUGGUGCGAUGAAGUCUCAACUGCCACUCUGGAGCUUGUUGGUUUGCCUUAAACUUAGAGGCAAAGGCAGCAGCCAUUUUUUAGCUGUUAUGUUACCUGGAGAGAGACCAUUUAUUUGACCAGUGUUGUACUCGUUAGCAUUGGAAUUGCGCAAACAGAACAAAUCCAAUUUCCAUUAGCAGAGUGGAGGCAGAAGAUUGAAGUUUUAUGAACUUUUAGAAGAUGGCAACAUUGUCACAAAUGUUUGCUGUGCUUCAUGGCCUCUUGUACAACGAAGAACAUUACUGAAGAACAAUACAACUCUCAUUCUAAUUGUCCCUUAACCAUGUCAUGCUUUACCAAACAUACUUCUAACAUCUGCUGCUCGUUAUAUCCAUCCAACAAGGACAAGUUAGGUCGGUGUGGGGAGAGACCAAUGAGAGGCACAGACAAGGAAAAGGGGUCAUCAGAGGACAAAUGCCAAAAAUGCUCGUACUAAACUGAUCUAAGAGCCUUUUCUGCUUCCAACACACAGCAAAUUAUAACCAACAACCAUCCAGCCAUUUCAUUGCAGGUAAUAUGUUUAGGACUGAAAAUUAUUCCCAGCUCAGUGCCUUUUUUACUGCUCAAAUCAGGACAAAUACUUGAUGGGUUAAUUUUAAAUAUUUGAAAAAAACAGCAACACAAGAG